AUGGAAGUCCAUAAUGGUGAGAUGACUUCUUUUUGGUUUGAUAGAUGGAGUCAGUUGGGAGUAUUGAUCAAUCUUACAGGUGAAAGGGGCUGUAUUGACCUUGGUAUCCCGCUUAAUGCCUCGAUCAAAGUAGCAGUGCAUUCUUACCGUCGACGCAGGCACAGGAACCCCUUCACCAAGCAAAUAGCUCAGGAAAUUACGAGGCUCCAAGAGCUGGGCCUGAGUCAUGAACAGGAUGUUUGUCUUUGGAAAAGGGAGAAUGAUGAAUUCAAGCCUGGGUUCUUAACAUCACAAACGUGGAAUCUGAUCAGAAUGCAUGCUCCUCAAGCCGUGUGGUGGAAAGGGAUCUGGUUCAAGGAAGCAACUCCCAAGUAUGCCUUCCUCACUUGGUUAGCUGCUCUUAACAGACUUUCGACAGGUGACAGAUUGCUGAAAUGGAACCCGCAAGCAACCUCUACCUGUUGGCUCUGUUCCACAGCAGUUGAGACUAGAGACCACUUAUUUUUCGAAUGUCGUUAUUCUGAGGAAGUAUGGCGAGGAACAGUUAAGAAGCUGGUCGGUAACGGUCUGUCUGCAAAAUGGUCCAUGUUGAUGCAGAGAUUGGUGAGAGGAUUGAAAGACAAAACUUCAACCUUCCUCUUUCGAUACUGCUUCCAAGUGGUGGUGUAUGCUCUCUGGUUUGAGAGGAACACACGCAGAGUUGGUGAGCCGCCUAAACCUCCCACUCAUCUUAUCAGAUUGUUGGAUAAAUCGAUUCGAAACAGGAUAACAGCAUUGCAAAAAACAGGUGGAAGAUACGACAAAGCAAUGGAGAUUUGGUUUGGGAGUAGAUGA